AGUAAGUCACUACUUGACUCCAUUCGACACUUCUGGCCCAUAGAUAUUCAUAACGCACCGCAAAUACUCUCUCGGAUACACUCGUGUUUCAGUAUUUCAUCACAAGAUCUCUUCUUAAGACACCAGCCAAAAUGAAGUUCAUCCUCCUUCUCAGCACGGCAAUCUACACUGCCACAGUACUAGCUGCCCCCGGUGCCAUCUCGCUCAACCGCUCCUUCAAGACCCUUGCUGGCCGUGCUGAUGGCGACGAUUCCAUGAAAAUUGCUUGCAUUGAGUGUCCCUGCGAUGGAUUCACUGGAGCUUGCCGAUGCGUCAACAACGGAUGCUGCUGUGAUAUGACGAACCCUGGCCAGCCACCUGCCGGGGGCUGGAGAAAGACGGUCUAA